GAUGGAAUUUUUUUUGUCAGAUUCUUCUUUGUGAUUCAUGUGAUAGUGGUUAUCAUACUGCCUGCCUGCGCCCCCCUUUGAUGAUUAUACCCGAUGGGGAGUGGUUUUGUCCACCAUGUGAACAAAAACUACUGUGUGAGAAACUGGACGAAAAGUUGCAAGAUCUUGAUAGUCAUCUGAAAAAGAAAGAACGAGCAGAGAGAAGGAGAGAGAGGCUUGUGUUUGUGGGAAUCAGUCUUGACAACAUUAUUCCUUCAAUGGAGCCUGAAGUUGAAGCACCACCGGAAGAAAAGAAAAAAAGUUCUAAGAAAUCCCCAGCUACAGAAAGGCGGUCCACUAGAGCACGGAAGCUAAUCAGCUAUAGAUUUGAUGAUUUUGAUGAAGCUAUUGAUGAAGCCAUUGAGGAAGAUGUAAGAGAGGCUGAUGGAGGAGGUGGUGGCAAAGGCAAAGAUAUGUCUAACAUCAUAGGGCAUCGUGGAAAAGACAUGUCUGCUAUCUUACAACAAGAAGGUGAAGAAAGACAAGAAAGCCGGCGGCCUCAAAGAGCUGCUGCAUGCCGCAAAAAGAGGAGGCGACUAAAUGACCUAGAUAGUGACAGCAGCUUCGAUGAUGAUGAGAGUGAAGAUGAAUUCAAGAUCAGUGAAAGCUCUCAAGAUGAUUUUGUUGUGUCGGAAGAGUGUGAAGACAGUGAGGACCAUGUCAUUUCUGAUGACAGUGAUUAUAAUGCCCGAAGACCAAGGUGGCGCUUUGUCAAGCCGAUGAAGAGGAGUCGAAGGUUACACAGGAGGAGGAUUAAACGGAGGAGGAGAAGGAGGAGAUAUUCAGAUGACGAUGGCGAAGAGUCUGAUUCUGAUGAUGAUGACAAGUCCUUACAAAGUUUGGCUUCCAGUGACUACAGCAGUGAUUUCUUGGAUAGAAGGCGAAGGUCUAAGAGAAACCAGGCAAAGCAAGUCAACUAUCGGGAGGAUUCUGACACUGAGGAGGGGUCUGUAAACAGCAACAUUGGCAGACGACCAUUAAGGCGGAUACUCAAACCUCAACUUUCCAGUUCUGAUAGUAAUGAUGAAGGCUUAAGAACAGGACGUUUGGAAAAGAAGUCCCGUUUAAGACGCUUGCAUUCUGAUGAGUCAGAAGAAGAAGACGAGAGGACAACCAAGAAGCGGUUUAACAGAAUUGAGACAGAUGAGGAAGAGGAAGAGAAAGCAAAAUCAGACAACUUUGUGUCUGACAACAGCUCUUCAUUUCUACAAGAGACCAGUAAAAAGCAUCCCUUUCGGAUAGAAAGUGAUGAUGAUGAUGACUUUGACAAUGUCAAAGAUGAAAGCCCACUAGACUACAGCUUAGUGGACUUGCCUUCAGCCAAUGGCCACAGUCCUGGAAAAGCUAUUGAGAACUUGAUUGGAAAGUCAGGCAACAAAACCCUGGUUUCCAAGGACAGCAUUUCUCAUCCUAUUCUGGAACCUAAUGGUUUAGGACAGGAAGCAGUAGGACUGGAAGAAGAUGAAGAUGAACUCUUAAGAGUGACGGACCUUGUAGACUAUGUCUGCAAUAGUGAACAAUUAUAAGACUUGCAUUCUUCAGUUUGGCGCUAAUUUAUUCCACCAGGCCAGUUAUCCUACAUUUGUCUGCUCUCCACUACAACGUAGAACAAUACAUCUUUUUUCUUGUAAAAUCCCACAGAUCUCACACUUUAUUCAGUGGAGUGACCAAUUUUGCUCUUUCUGAUGCAAGUACUUGAGAGCCCUCUCAGUGUAGUUUUCCUCAUUCUGGAAAUUUCUACUCAGAAGCAUCUCAUCUACUUUAAAAGGAUUUGUGUAUUUUUAACUUUAUAUACCCUGGACUUAAUUUGUGAACAUGUGGUUGAAGUAAAAUGCAUUCCAAAUUUGUCAGGGCCCAACUCCUGAAAUUCUGAGUAGGACAAAAAAGGCACUUCUGUUCAUGUAUUUUAGACUCGGAAUACAUUCACACAUCACAAAUCAUAUUUCACAUUUUUAUAAAUGAAUUUUAAAAACUGCAUUUAAAAAACUGAAACCAUGUUUGUAAUUGCUCUAGUUGAGAGCCGAAAACCCACAUUUAGCACCAGCAUCUAUAAAAGCAAUUUAUUACUGUGAAAACAGCUAACAACUUGCAGAAAGAAGCCUAGCAUGCAGGACUGUACAUAUACAGCCGAUCAAAUAAACAGACUGUCCAUUUAUAAUAGUA